AUGACGGGCUAUGACGAGAAAAAUGGAUCUGAAAAGAUCGAAUCCACUCUCCCCACCUCGAUUUCAUACUUCCGCCUGGUCUUCGAUCAAGGCGUAGUCACCCAGCAGAUUGCAAGCCACCCAUACCCCGGCUCUGGCACCGAAGACGAUCCUUAUGUCGUGACAUGGAUCCCGGAUGACCCUCGUAACCCGAUGGAGUUCAGCCAGGUUAAGAAGUGGAGCUUUACUGCUGUGGUGGCUAUUGCGACGCUGGCUGUUGCAUUGGUCUCUUCUGCAUACACUGGUGGUGUCGAGGAGAUUGAAAAGGAAUUCGGCAUCGGAAGUGAAGUUGCUACUCUCGGUGUCUCGCUUUUCGUCGUGGGUUUUGCUGUUGGUCCCCUGCUCUGGGCUCCUCUUAGCGAAUUGUUCGGCCGCCAGCUCCUCUUUAGUACCACCUAUGCCGCUCUCACUGCAUUCAAUGCUGGCUGCGCCGGUUCUAAGAAUGCUUAUACCCUCAUUAUCCUUCGAUUCUUCGCUGGUGCUUUUGGAUCAUCGCCCCUUACCAACGCUGGUGGUGUUAUCGCCGAUAUGUUCUCCGCCAAGCAGCGCGGUAUCGCCAUGAGUCUCUUCGCUGCUGCUCCCUUCCUGGGUCCCGUUCUGGGCCCUAUCAUCGGCGGUUUCCUGGGUAUGAAUGAGGGUUGGAAGUGGGUGAUGGGUUUCCUGGGUAUCUUCUCUGGUGCUGUUUGGAUUAUGGGCUCUCUUUUCAUGCCUGAGACCUAUGCGCCAGUCUUGCUACGCCGCCGUGCUGAGAAGCUCUCGAAGCUUACGGGCAAGGUCUAUCGCAGCAAGAUUGAAAUUGACCAGGGCAAGCUUUCACUUAAGGAAUCGUUCAAGAUCGCCUUGUCCCGCCCUUGGAUUCUCCUGUUCCGCGAGCCUAUCGUUUUCCUGCUGUCGCUGUACAUGGCUAUCAUCUAUGGUACUCUGUACAUGAUGUUUGCUGCGUUCCCGAUUGUGUACCAGGUUAACCGUGGCUGGAACCAGGGCAUCGGAGGUCUCGCUUUCCUGGGUAUCAUGGUUGGAAUGCUGAUGGCCGUCGUCUACACUCUCUGGGAUAAUAAGCGGUAUAUCAGGGUUCAAGAAAAGCACGAUGGAUUCGCGCCUCCCGAAGCCCGUCUGCCCCCGACUAUGGUUGCUUGCGUUGCGAUUCCUAUCGGUCUUUUCUGGUUUGCCUGGACCAACUACCCUAAUAUUCACUUCAUGGCUAGUAUCGCGGCCGGUGUGCCCUUUGGUUUCGGCAUGGUGCUCGUCUUCCUGGGUAUCAUGAACUACCUGAUCGACGCAUACACGAUCUUCGCUGCCUCCGUCUUGGCCGCAAACUCCGUUAUGCGUUCCCUCUUCGGUGCCGCAUUCCCUCUCUUCACCACCUACAUGUACAACAACCUCGGCAUCCACUGGGCGUCCUCAAUCCCCGCCUUCCUCGCGCUCGCUUGCCUGCCCUUCCCCUUCCUGUUCUACAAGUACGGUGCCGCCAUCCGCACCCGCUGCCCGUUCGCCGCCCAGUCUGAGGCCUUCAUGCGCAAGAUCCAGGAACAGGCCGCCGCCGUUCCCAGUGAGGAAGAAGGUGAAGAGAAGAUCGAGUUUGAUCGCACCGAGGCCCCGGCCCCGCACGAGCCUUCUCUGUCGAGCACCUCCUCCCACGCCGAUGAUCAUGCGCCGAUUGCGGCUCAACGCACCCCCAGCCGUGCCCGUUCGACUACAUCGACUCGCACUAUGGGCUCCCUGGCUCGUGUGCCUACGUAUGAGGGUAACCCGUACGAUGUCGAUCGUGUCAACACCCGCGAGUCCUUCAAGCCCUAA